AUGGAUUUAACUCGUGCUGGAGCUGCUAAACAAGGGAGUAAUAGUGCUUCUGAUUCAUCAUCUGGCAGACGAGUUCCUAGAAUCAUUAACCAUACCACUGCUGAGACUAAUGCUGAAGUUGGAAAUGACCAAGGAGACCAAGCACCACCGCUAGCACCACCUACUCCAGCUGCUCCUGCUACGGCCCAACAUCAACGUGGGUGUGCGGAUCCUAUACUUGGUGCUGGAGGAAGACUUAAGAAAUUUUUGGGGUUGAAUCCGCCCAAAUUCUUUAGUUCACGAGAGGAGGAUGAUCCCCAUCUUCACUUCAUGGAUGAGAAUUUCAAAGCUCUAAGGGCAAUGGGUGCUCACAGUUUUGAAGUUUUUGAAUUGUGGGAGACUGAGCGGGGUAAUAAUGCUUCAGCUCCUACUUGGGCUGAGUUCGAGAAGGCAUUUACGGAGAGGUUUCUGUCUGAUGAGGAGCGGUUCGCUGUGGCUACUAAGUUUGAGAAGAUUAAGCAGAGCACUAUGUAUGUUCGUGAGUAUAGCUGGAAGUUUACCCGUCUGGCGAGUUUAGUACCAAGUAUCAAUUCUGUGUCUGCUACUGCUAUGUCUCCUACUUGUACAUUUUCAUCUUUGGUUGGGUUCGCUGAGCAACAAGAGAAUUGGAAGGGUGGGUUCAGUGGUUCGCAAAACGGAGGGAAAAAGAAAGGGUAUUCUGCACCUGCACAGAUUGGCGGUUAUUCUAAUGCCAGUGCUCCAUCUAGUAGACAAGGUCAAAGGAACAAUAAUCAGGACAAGAAUUCACAAGGUGGUAAUAGACAGUCAUCUGGAUGGGAGGAUCGUAUUUGUCAUUAUUGUGAAUCCGGCCUUGGUAAAACUAACAAUGCUCCUAAUGCUCGUGGUAAUGGGACUAGUAUUCUCACUAUUUGCUCUUUUGAUGCAUAUUCAUUGAUUGAUCCGGAUUCAAAUAUCUCUUAUGUGACACCGUAUUUUGCACUUAAUUUUAGGGUGGAGCCCGAGCUAUUGUUAGAACCCUUCUCUGUGGAUACCUCUGUUAGUGUCCCUGUUAUUGCAUCUAGAGUGUAUAGAAACUGUGUAGUUGUAAUUAAAGGUCGUGGGACUAUAGUUGACUUGUUCGAACUAGAGAUGGUAGAUUUUGAUGUGACCAUGGGGAUGGAUUGGCUGUCCGCGUGUUAUGCUAAUGCGGAUUGCCGGCAUAAACUAGUUCGUUUCAAAUUCCCUAAUGACCCAAUUAUUGUGUGGAAAGGUGAAGUUGCUAAGCCACGGGUUAAUGAAUUUCCCGAAGUGUUUCCACAAGAUCUGCCGAGUAUUCCACCUGAUAGGGCUAUUGAUUUUGGGAUUGAUGUUAUUCCUGAUACUCAACUGAUCUCUAUUCCACUGUAUCAUAUGGCUUCGACAGAGCUACGGGAGUUGAAAGACCAAUUGAAGGACAUGUUGGACAAAGGUUUUAUUCGACCAAGUACCUCACCUUGGGGUGCUCCGGUCCUGAUAUAUGAUCUGUUCGACCAAUUCCAGGGUGCUAAGUUCUUUUCAAAGAUUGAUUUGAGGUCUGGGUAUCAUCAGCUAAAAAUAAAGGAGCAGGAUAUUCCAAAAAUAGCUUUUCAUACUCGUUAUGGACACUUUGGAUUCCUGGUGAUGUCCUUUGGUCUAACUAAUGCACCCGCUGCAUUUAUGGACUUGAUGAAUCGAGAGUUCAAACCUUUCCUUGAUUUUUUCAUUAUUGUCUUUAUUAAUGAUAUUCUGGUGUAUUCGAAAAUUCGUGAGGAACAUGCAGUGAGAGUUGAAUCUUUGGAAGAGGAGAUGGUUAGGUUGUUGAAAGAUUACGACUUGAACAUUUUGUAUCAUUCUGGUAAAGCGAAUAUUGUUGCUGAUGCUUUGAGCCGGAAAGUCCGACUCGAUAAAACUAAGGAUGGGGAGUUAGUGGGAAUCACGCAAGCGCAAUCUGAUAUUGUGGAGAGAAUUAAGUCCAAGCAAUAUGAAGAUGGACUUCUGGUGAAACUGCGAGAUGGAGUAGAAAGGGGUGAGUAA